GCGCACUGGGGCUCUGGCGGACCGCGCUGUCUGGACGUGAUGGCAGCUUACCGCUUACCCCCAGCGACGCUAACGCUAAAGCAGUUCGUGAGAAGGCAACAAGUUCUCCUCCUCUACAGAAGGAUUUUGCAGGCAAUUCGGCAAGUUCCAAAUGAUUCUGAUCGCAAAUACCUGAAGCACUGGGCAAGGGAAGAAUUCAAAAGAAACAAAAGUGCCACCGAAGAGGAUACAAUCCGGAUGAUGAUUACUCAAGGCAAUAUGCAGCUCAAAGAGUUAGAGAAAACACUUGCUUUAGCCAGAUCUUAACUACAGCAUUAUUCUGAAAGGUUUUCAAAGUCUCCAUGUGUUUAGUUGAGCUUAGGCUCAACAGUGGGUAGCCCAAAGCCAAGUGAAACUGUCUGUACAUAGAGCCCUUGAGCAAAAUAUCGGAACAUGGAGCAUGGCAUAUCAGAGAGAGCCAAGAAAAGGGCAUAAGAGCAAUUGUCUUAGCACUGAAAACAUACCUUUUAUUUUGAAAAUGUUCUUGGAUAUGUCAGCAGUUUUUGGAAGAAGCAAAAACCAGUACGAUAGCACAUAAAAAGAUGUUCAACACCAUUAAUCAUUAGGAAAAUGCAAAUCAAAACCACCAAGAGAUACUAUUUACAUCCACUAGAAUGGCUAUAAUUAAAAAGGGAGAUAAUUGCAAAUGUUGGCGAGGAUGUGGAGAAACUGGAACCCUUAAACACUGCUGGUGGGACUAUAAAAUUGUGCAGCCACUUUGGAAAAAAAGACUGUCAGUUGCCCAAAAGGUUAAACAGCAUUAUUCAUAAUAGCCAAAAAGUAGACAAUCCAAAUGCCCACCAGCUGAUUAAUGGAUAAGUAAAACGUGGUAUACCCAUACAAUAAAAUAUUAUUUAGCAAACAAAAAGGGAUGGAGUACUGAUACAUGCUACACCUGGAUGAACCUUGAAAACAUUAAGUGGCCAGUCACAAAAGAUCAUGUAUGAUUCUAUUUAUAUGAACGCACAACUCUGAAUAUACUAAAAUCUACUGAACUGUACAUUUUACAGGUAUGUGAAUUAUAUCUGAAUAAAGCCAUUUUCCCCCAAUUUUUUCGAAAUAUAAUUGAUAUAUAUUAUUGUGUAAGUCAAUUAAGCUGUUUUAAAACAGUGUGAGGUAUAGGGCUGGAGGUGUACUGACCUCAGGAGACACCAUGGAGCUUCCUUGGAAAGUCCUUCUGCAUUAACCCUCAGGGUUGUUGAGGUAUGUUCUUCAGAUGUGUUGCAUCUGAUACUCAAGAGGACUUUCCAAAAAGAUCACCACUGGGAAUCUAGAACUUUGUAGGAAAAAGAAGAAAGAGAAGUUUAACAAAUGCACUGAAGCACCUACCAAGAAGAAGAGGCAACUCCUGGUCAAAACUAAUGUGGUUACCUUAAUAUCCACAUGGAAAGUAAAAUAAAUCAUUAAUUAAGGAAGCUCCUCAGUGCAUUAGGUUCUCCUCCAGUGACAGGAAAAAACAGAGUUUGAAGAAUACAUUGGAGACAGAAGUUGACUUCAGGACACUUUUGAAGGAGACCAAAUGUGUUUAACAGUUAAUUUAGUGAAAGUGAAAGCUCGUGGAAGAGGCUGGAAUUGGCAGUUCACCUACGGAACAAAUCUAAAAAGUUAAUCCAAGAAUCACAGUUAAUCCAAGAAUCUACAUCUGAAAGAUGUAGAAAAACUUUUGCAGGAUAAACAGUGUCUAGUGUUGGACCGUGUGCCAUUGGAGAGGUGUAAACCAGUGGUGUGUCACUAACCUGCGUUCCGAGCCACCCUUGCCCUUCCACAGCUCCAGAACCCACAAGACAAAAAUAAUUCUGAAUACCCUGCCACCGGGGGAUGGGCUAAUCUAAAACGUUUGCAUAAGCCAGUUUUCAGGUUUUUAUAUAGAUGUACGUUAAUCAAGCCAUCUGAUGAACAGAGGGAAAAGCAUGUGUGAACAGUUUCUGAACAGAGAACCUUAGAAAGACUUACUCUUUUGUGUAGCAUGAUUGGCAAAUACUCAAGUACAGGCUAUCUCUAGUAAAUCUAAAAUCUUGAAGCUAAAAACCAUCCUUUUAUGAAGUGUGACAAGCAGUGACUUUGAUGUUCUUCCUAGAAGCACUGUAUGUGGAAGAUGUAAGAGCAUUUGUGGUUUGUAUUUGCAAGAAUCGAAUACUACAGACUCCCCAAGAAAACCUAAUGUGGGGUUUUGUUUUGAUUUUGUUUUAAGUGAAUAAAACAUGAAAAAUUGAAUUUUCAUAUUCCAGAGACUAAGACUAUUCUCGUGGACAAGCUUUUCCCUUCCUCUCUAAAGAACAGUUUAAUGUUAUUUGUUCACUUACAUCUUUGCGUAUCUCCUGAAUUACAGGCCAGGUCCGUUGUUUAGCCCAAGAGAAGAUUUAUUUAGCAAUUUCUUCUCACAUGUGGAACCAUGGUCAUUAAGAUGUUGGCCAGAAUAGAACGCUGGUGAAACACAUUUUAUUCAUCAUCUUCAUCAGUAUUUUGGAUUAGGCAAGUUUACUGCCUGGGUGUUCCGUUCCCUGUAAACUGUACUGUUGUUUGAAUGCUGAAGUUUUGUUCCUAAAGUUUAAGAUGUCUGAAUGUUCAACUAAUGUAUAUUAACGACAAUAAAUCCAUCUUUAAACCCCUU